AUGGCUCUGGUGCAAUAUUCUGAUUCUGAAUCGGACUCAGGGCAAGAAGGUCCUCCCAGAAAAAUAAACAAACAAAGCGAGGACGCAUCAACGCGUCAACCGGCUUCAUCGCUCCCGCCGCUGCCUGCGUCCUUCCACGACUUAUAUGCUUCUAGCACGAGGGUCAGUGUGAGGGACGACCCGAGCCUUCAUGGCGGUCGCAAGAGAGCGAUUCCCCAUGUUGAGGGGAACUGGCCCACUCAUGUAUACCUUGAGUGGUACCCGUCGAAAGAGGAGCUCAGGAUCCUGAGUAACAUCAUUACCCAAGCUGGAAGUAUGCUUCAAGGAGAACGGGCGAGCCUCCAUAGCUUCUUGCACAGUGACCUCGGAGCACAACUUCCCCUGCAUAUCAGCCUCUCGCGGCCGGUUGUUCUUCGAACUGAGCAGAGGCGGCCAUUUAUGGAGGCGUUUGAAUCUACGCUUGAGAAGUCUGUUUUAUCACCUUUCAAUGUCCAGGUCGACAGUCUGGAUUGGGUUUCAAAUUUCGAGAAGACACGAUGGUUCUACGUGUUGCGAGCAAAACGACCGGAUAAGGACUACCUGAACAAUCUCCUACAAAUCUCAAAUCGCACACUUGCAUCUUUUGGCCAACCGCCACUUUACAAACCUGUAUCGGAUCUUUCGAAAUCUAGCGGAGCGCAACAAGGCAGCAAAUCUACUUCAGCCGCCGAUUACACCGGGUGUUUCCACAUCUCCAUUGCGUGGAGCUUGACGGAGCCGUCUACGGAUGAAAGAGAAUGCAUGAAGAGCAUAGACAUCCAGGAGCUUACUGCUCUUAUGAUCAAUUUUGAUUGUGUGAAGGCUAAGAUAGGCAACAAUGUCUCAAGUAUACCACUUUAA